AUGAGUGGAUUGAGGCGUGAAGAUGAGCGUAAGCUGAAGGAGCUGAACGAUCUCUGCGAGCGCGUAGGUCGACGGAAUCUCCCGGAGGACGACCAGUUGUGUAUGUUGUACCUCGAAGACCGCUACAAUCACUUCCUGGAGGAAGGAAUGCGAAAGCUCCGCAGCGAGUGCGACUUCAGUCGUCCGAAAGGUAUCGGGCAGCUCUUCACGGGCGCAUCUAAGAUGAAUAGCUCACGCCGCGGCCACCGCGAGCGUAACAUCGCCCCAAACAGCAAGAACACCACAACGGGGACCCGCAGCGGGGGCGUCGUCAAGCCCGUUCCAGCUGCUCUAGAGCACUCCUCCGCGGCGUCGUCACGGGAGACUCUCGGGAAACUGUGGACGUGGGUGCUCGAAGACGUCGUGGUGGGGGGCAUUCCGCGCGCGGGUCCCCAUGAAGACGGUGCCGGUCACCUUCUCGAGCUUUGGCGACAGUGCCGUGCACGCGGCGGCACAGCUCUCUCCGUGGUAUCCUGUCUAGAACUGGACGAGUCAAUACCACAUGGUUUCGCCGUGUUGAAGGACUGGGAGCAGUUUACCGGGACGGUGGACUACUAUUUUGUGCCCUUUAUUCCCCCAGAGAAGCAGGAAAAUCCCCCAGAGGUGGUAACGGCGGUGCUCGAAGAGCUGCUCACGAUCUGUAGCAGCGUUUACAACGCAUCGCAUUUGCUUAAUGGUAAGGAUGAGGAUACAUGCAAGGGGAUAGCCUGCAGGAAGCAUUCCUGUCCCUUGCUACACAUUGGCGGCAGGAAGAAGGGCUCGUUCAAAAACGCUGGGGAACAUCGGAUUGUGUAUAUAAUGUGCAAAACAGGUCAUACCAGGGCGUGGGUGUUCUCUAUGGCUUAUUUGAUUAGCCAGUACGGCAUGGAGUACAAUGAGGCGGAUCAGUUCCUCCGCCAGCUAAGGGCAUUCGAGCCAAGCUCAGCUCAAGUGGAGUUUGUCUUGAAGUUUGCAGAAUACGCGGCAAAUCCGCGACGUACGAGGAAACCAACAGAGGAAGAAGAAAUGUACCACAAGGUGCUGGCGCAGGUUCUAUCACUGCCACCUUCCUACCGAGAGCGUCUCUUGUGCGAUUUGGAGGAGUUGACAUAG